GAUAUUGUUUACAUGAGUGGCAACAAUGUUUGCAUUUUAUAUUUUGAUGUUGAACUACUUCAAAACUUCUUACUAGGUUAAAAUUUGAAAAAAAUUAUUUUGAAUAACUCUCCCUUUUUUGAAAACAUGUCCGGAGGAGGAGAUGAAAAAUCGCAAGGAUCAUAUUUGAUUCCUAGUCCUAUUAUUACAAAAAGAAACCGAACACCGUCAAUGUGCGAACGAAUUGUCAAGUCAAAAACUUUAUUUGGAACCAUAAAAAGUUUUUGUAGAGAGAAAGGGCAUGGGUUCAUAACCCCCGAAGAUUCUUCAAGUGAUGAUUUAUUUGUUCAUGUCUCUGAUGUUGAAGAUGAAUAUAUUCCUCUUCCUGGAGACAGAGUGAAGUUCCAGCUAUGUCCAACUCCUCCAAGAUUUGAAAAAUUUCAGGCUGUACACGUUAGUAUUGUCGAUCUGAGACCAGAGGUCCAUAAAAAGUGGAGUAGUUUCUAACAGAAUGUGUUGUCAACUUCAUUCACAAAACUACAAAUUGGUAGUAGGCAUUUGAGACGGAAAAAAAAAUUAGCUUCUAAGUUUGUAUAAUAUUUAAUAAUCAUUCAGAAAACCUGCAUUUAUUGAGCAAUGUGUGCAAUCAUAUUCAGUAUGUCAAAAAAUGUUCACAUUGAAUUUUUAUGUUUGAAGCAAAAAUAUUUCAUUUCGAAUGUAUCUUCUUAUAGUAUUUUUAUAUUUCAAGCUACAAUUUAACCAUAGUGAAAACUUUAUUUUUAAAUUUAUGUAAAAUUAGUCAAUGUUAGCUUUCUUUAGUAACUUUGUACUUUUAUUAAGUUUAUCUGAUCAAAAACAAAAUAAAUGAUUAGUUGAUAUAUUUCUGAACUUCAA